ACAGCCAUCGGCUACAUCCGACGAGCCUCACGCGUCAUUCAGAGGAAAGGACUAUUUUACACUUUGCUGUUGAGCCAACUCAUGGCACCGGUGUCAUUCGCCAUGCUACUCGUGGGCUUUUUUGACGAAGAUAUCAAUUGCAAAUGGGUUGUGGUUGGGGUGUUGCUUCCAAUGAUGAUAUCCCAUGUUCUGUUGGUGAAAGGGGUCUACGGGUACAAAGCGUACCGGUGUAUGGAUAGGUCUCGAACGGUCCUUGUGGCGGAGAUUGUAUUCUUUCUCGGAACGGUUGGCUUAGGAACUCUUCAAUUGGCACGCAUCAAGGGCGGGAGGCACUUGGCUGGAAGCUGCGCCUUAUGGCAAACUACGAGCAUAUUGCCUGCAAUUUUCGGCCUGCAAUCGAUGGAGAUGGUCUUCAUAAGUUGUUGCUUCGUGCUCGCUAUUCGCAAAUCCACACACUUGCCUGCAGGUCAAGGCCGGAUAUCUCUCUACCCAACGCGUCAGCCCAGUGAGAAAAGUCUUGAUGCCGUUUCACCGGCCAUCGGUCAGGGAAGGGGCUGGUGGGACUAUAUGCCGAUUAAGGACCCGGGCUACGGGAGCCUUCCCUCCCCGCCCCACGAUCCGGCUCAAAAUGGCUUCGGUGAACACGUCUCAGCGGAUGUUCUCAAUCCCUCACGGAAACCUUCCCUCAAACUCGAGAUUCCGCUUUCCCAACCCUUGCGGCAAACUCCGGGAUUGCAUCCGAGUCCGCAGGCAAUGGAACGCAGCUCUCCGGCAUCAAGCUCGUCUACGGCAUCGCCCGUUGGGACACGCUAUAGCAAGUUGAUACCGAAGAUGACGGCAUUCAUGAAGGCCCUACGCAAUGAGCUCUAUUAUACGGCCUUUGCAUCCGCACUGUCGUGCACGACCGCGAUCCUCACUACCGUUGGUGUAUAUGGCGAAUACCUGUGGGGCAUCAGUGGGUGGAUUGCCUUGGACUGGGUUGUGAUGUCCUGCCUUGCUUUCUACAGCUUUGACCAAGUCCUAUGUCGUCGCGAAAGCGAGGCAUCUCUCCGUGAACGGCAAGAUUGGAGCCCCAUCCUCAGACAACGGCACCGACCGACGGCAUCUGCGUCUGCAAUUACUUCGGAGAUCUCCAGCGUUACGCCCCGUCGUCGUCCGUGGAGGAACGCGGAUCAGCAAGGAUUCGCGGAAACCAUCAUCGCGCCGGGAGCAUCGGACGAACAUUUCACUCGCACUCGCACUCGCACUCUGUCAACCGUUUCCUGGCGAACCGACCCUGAAUUGGCGAAGACGCGCUCUCCUAUGGAUGCUACUCCAUACGAGGAUGUGCCCAAUCUCCACCUUGGGAAGUCACUCAAAUUUGAUGAGACAGAGCCUCCUCUUCCGCCGCUACCCGUGGCAACCUCAGAAUCGUUAUUACCAGCCGCACUGCUUCGGAAUCUCUGA